UUUACCACUCACCUCUCGCCACCACAGUCCCCCCAUUUCCUUCCGCCUUUUCCGUUUCCAAACGCCACCUGUCUCCUCCGCUUCCCCGCCGCCGCGCCUCCUCGCCACCACCGCCGUCCCCAUUUUCCUCCUAUAUAUAUACUCGCUUCCUUUCUAACCCUAGCCCAUUUUCUCAUACUGCUAGCAGCCACACUCUCGCUCUCGCUCUCGCUCUCUCCCACUUCCCAAUUCUCUGUUUCUUGAAAACAAUGGCGUCUUCUUCUUCUUCUUCCUCUUCCUCCCACCUUGCCUUCUUCCUCCUCUCCCUUCUAAUCUCGGCCUCGGUCGCCAAUGCAGCCCACCACAAGGCCGCAGCGGCGCCGGCCCCGGCCGCCGAUUGCUCCACGGUGGUGAUGUCACUCAGCGACUGCUUGACCUUCGUGGAGAACGGGAGCACCACCACCAAGCCGGAGGGGGCUUGCUGCUCCGGCCUCGACACAGUGCUGAAGACCAACGCCGAUUGUCUCUGCCAGGCUUUCAAGAGCAGCGCACAGAUGGGGAUUCCGCUCAACGUCACCAAAGCUCUAACUCUUCCUUCCGCUUGCAAGCUCAAAACUCCCCCGAUGUCCAGCUGCCAGCUGUCCAUGGCUCCCGCUGGUGCUCCUGUGGCCGUAGGAGGAUCAACCGCACUGCCACCAAGCGAGAUGACAGAAUCAGCUCCAGCUCCAUCCCCUGUUGGUGGCGCCACGCCAUCCAACUCUGCUCAUGCUGUUGCUGUUUCCGGCGUCUUCUCAGUUGGAUCUCUAGUCGCGGCGAUGGCAACCCUCGCAGUUUCUUCAUUCUACUAGAGUAGCAGAUUCUGGGGUGGGGGUUUAUUUUCCAGUAGUAGGACUUUGUUAUAGAUCUGUUUAUCAUAUAUGUUUUAGAUCUUUCUACAUAGUAGCGAGUAUGAGAGGGUUGUUCUGGUUUGGCACAUUUUGUUCUUCCUAAUGAGAUUUAUUAUAUUUAUUGUGACUGUUUGUUGCCUAAUUGGGGUUCAUCGUUCUGGCUGUGUUCGUCUUGUGGCUAUGAUUGCGUUGAUUUGUGCUCGAUUUCGUUUCAUUUGUGAAUGAGGGAAGUUGGGUUGGUUCGUUGUGAAAGAGUGUAAUUGAAUGGAAUGAUGAAAAUGGGAAAUCUAUGCAGCCGGGAAUGUGGAGUUUUGCAGACUCCCCAAAUACCAUUGUUGCAGUUCUAGUUCUGGGUAGGUUUUUGUUUGCCCAAUUAGUCAAAUGUUGUUCAUCC